UUCAUAUUCAGAAAUUUCUUUCCAAACACAAUGCGUCUCUAUUUAGACAGAAAUCUCGCCAGAUUCGACGACUUUGCUGCUUCUAAGGGAUUCAAAUUAACUCACUACAUUGAUGGUUUGAGCGAUGUCAUCUUUGACCGAAUCAAAGACUGGCAGAACCAAGUCAUAGGACGCCUUCAAAAUGACGGGAAAAGCUUGGCUGAUAAAGCCACAGCAAUCGUGAAUGAUGUACAUUUAGAAACAGAACUCGAAUGGGAUGGUUAUCACUGCUUUAUUGGUAUUCGUAACAGUCAUGCAGUCGUGUAUUUUAUACCAAUUGAAUCAAGAGAAACACCUUACAACACAACAGGCUGGCAUGUCUUUAGCUCCUCCUUCGAAGUCGAUGUUGUGAGAAUUCAUUUAGCCUUUUCAGAGGAAGAUUCUAGUCGAUAUGCUAUCUACAUCAAUACGCCGACAAAACUAUUCGAAGAUGUUCCUUUGUUCUUGUGUUGCAAUGUUUUAACAAGCUUGAAAGCUUUGCAAGUUUUAGCGUAUGUAACUUCUCUCAAACUUGGAAAUUAUCGGGAAUUGGAAUCGGAUUGCUUGGAGUUUGGUAAAGCUGCCGCAACAUUUGCUUUACGGCAUUUUGCCACAGAAAGAGAGUUCAUCAAAUCCAAAGUUGACCUCAAAAUGAAGAACGCAAUGAAUUUGAAUGAGCUUACCAUCACAAAUUAUAAAAGUGAGGCUUUGUCGCGGCGUAACACAGCUUCGAAAUACACAGGUUUGGUUUCCAUAGUUUCAGCGCAAUCUCCUUUGAUUCAAAUGGUUCUGGUAUCGGUGGUUGUCAUGACAUUGUACCAUUUUUUUAUUCGUUAGAGGACUUUAUCUCUGUACAUUAUAUCUCUGUUGAUAUUUAUGGCAAUGAUAAUUCCGAAAACAAGUUUGCACAGGACCGAAUCAACAGCAAAGAACUACAACUUUAAUCUCAUAUAUAUUAGUUUUUUGCUGUCCAAAUGUUCUUCCAGUAUUGUAACAAACAACACGUUAUCACAUAUCGACCUGAAUUUGUGUUGUAUGAAUAGGCAUAUUUUAAUUGCAUAGCAAGCUGAGGUCAGACAAGAAACUUGAAUGUUAUGUCUAGCCAGUGAAUAUAAAGAGCUCAAGCAUUGAAUGAAUUAUCAAACACAUGACCUCAGCGAAUAAAAUCCCUUCGCACGUCAUGUCAAGCACGGAUAUUCUUGGACUUCACCUAUCCACAUCACGUUGGCAAGAGUCCAACCGUAUCCUUCAUGAAGUUGCGUAAAACAAAAUCUUUUUCUGUAGGAUGCGAGCAAACGCUCUAAGAGCGCCUAAGUGCGUAAGCGAGUCAGAUGUUUUUCCAAAUGUCAUGAGCUGCACGGCGGAGAAUUAAGCCUUGCAUCUUUGAAUUACAUACGAAAAAUAGAGAAUCUUUUGCAGACUUCUUGAAACGAACAUGAUGGAACCGCCUUUUAAUGUUGCAUGUGACUUCACAUAACAUGCUGUGAGCCCACGGUUUUACAGCGGACAAAGGAGAAAAUAAUGAAUGAAAAAUA